CCGCCUGUAUGUCCACUGAUGAAGCUUCUUGUAUGCAUGAACACCGGGCGAGGAUGUAGAAUGUUGAAUAUAUUAGUCAGCUAGGCUGGAGUGGGUCGACACCAGCCGUCGCUGCUUGAGGGCCUGGAUAUCUUCCUUGGAAGGAGGUGUCCAUGGUGGAGAGAGUUGCUGUUGGAGUCAUCUUGCUGAGGCUCCUCUUUGAGAGAGACACUUAUGCUUCCCUCAGCAUUUCCACAGGCACUGCAGAGGACACUGGUCAGGCUGGAGGAACACUGGCCCCCUCACCCUCUCUAGUGCCUCAGUAGCCGGGCUGAUUGUUCAAAGGGACAAGAGAAGGAGGGACAACAACAUCUUCUGUGGGAACGAGAAUCGGCUUCCUUGUGUGAACACCCAGCAGAUGGUUGCAUGAGAGUACUAAGAACCAGAAAGCCACCGUCUACAUUUCACAUCAGCGCAUACCAUCAAUUCUAAGAGUCCAUGUGGAUCUUGGAAGUAGAAGGAUUUCAAAGAGUUGAGUUUCCCCAGAGAACAAGAACCUUACCAUCUCCUCCUUUAGCUCUGAAGGCUGGCGGACAAUGGAUAUCAUAGAGACAGCAAAACUUGAAGGUCAUUUGGAAAAUCAAACCAGUAACUCUGCCAACACUUACACAAGCCCCGGUGAAGCCGUAGACGACGGCAACAAAAAUGGCAGUGGUAAACCCAAGAGCUUAUCCAACGGGCUGCGAAAGGGCGCCAAAAAGUACCCGGACUACAUCCAGAUCUCCAUGCCCACCGACUCCAGGAACAAGUUUCCCCUCGAGUGGUGGAAAACGGGCAUUGCCUUCGUGUAUGCCCUCUUCAACCUCGUCCUGACAACGGUCAUGAUCACCGUCGUACACGAGAGGGUCCCUCCCAAGGAGCUCAGCCCUCCCCUCCCAGACAAGUUCUUUGAUUAUGUCGACCGGGUCAAGUGGGCCUUUUCUGUAUCAGAAAUAAAUGGGAUCGUAUUAGUUGGGUUAUGGAUCACCCAGUGGCUUUUUCUGAGAUACAAGUCCAUAGUGGGCCGCAGAUUCUUCUUCAUCAUCGGAACGUUGUACCUGUAUCGCUGCAUCACUAUGUACGUCACUACGUUGCCCGUGCCCGGAAUGCACUUCCAGUGUGCUCCGAAGCUCAAUGGAGACUCUCAGGCAAAAAUACAGCGGAUUCUCCGGUUGAUUUCCGGUGGUGGGUUGUCCAUAACGGGAUCCCACAUCCUGUGUGGAGACUUCCUCUUCAGCGGUCAUACGGUUGUGCUGACACUUACUUACUUGUUCAUCAAAGAAUAUUCGCCUCGUCACUUCUGGUGGUAUCAUCUGGUCUGCUGGCUGCUGAGUGCUGCUGGGAUCAUCUGCAUUCUUGUGGCACAUGAACACUAUACCGUCGACGUGAUCAUUGCCUACUACAUCACAACACGGCUCUUUUGGUGGUACCAUUCCAUGGCCAAUGAAAAGAACUUGAAGGUCUCUUCCCAGACGAAUUUCUUGUCUCGGGCGUGGUGGUUCCCCAUCUUCUAUUUUUUUGAGAAGAACGUACAAGGCUCCAUUCCCUGCUGCUUCUCCUGGCCGCUGUCCUGGCCCCCUGGCUGCUUCAAGUCAUCAUGCAAAAAGUAUUCACGGGUCCAGAAGAUCGGGGAGGACAAUGAGAAGUCGACGUGAGCCGUGCCAACCCGGCAGCAGCUUUUCUACCAGGAGAGUCCGUGCUAUAACCAAAGACGCAGCUUCAUGUUUAUUUUCAGAGUACUGACUGGUGAAUGACGUGGACCAAAUUUUGUGCGAAAGAUCGGAACAACGAAUGAAGUAUUACCUUUUGGCUUUUUUUUUUUUUUAAAUUCAUCCCAAGAAACGUAUAUUUUCCUGCAGCUCUUCACUCGUGGGUGACGGAGUCCCCCAAACUGGGAUUUUAAAGAGGUGGCAAAGAACACACUGUGCCUCUCCUCAUUCUUCCUCCACUUGCACAUUCUUUCCAGGUUUUGUUUUUCCCUUCAAGGUCAGAAGAGUUUGCUAAUGUUUUGAAUAAAAUGUCUGGAUAUGUACAGCCAUGGUGUGAAUCCAGGCAGUGAUGGUGGGAGCGGGUUUCCACCUCACAGCUCACGGAGGGCAUGCCACAGGUGGGUCCGGGUCAAGUGCACUUUGCCCCGUCUGGGGGAAGCUGGGGUGCUGUCUGGGAUUUGCUUUGCUGCUACCCCCCCCCCCCAAUGCACUAUGUAUGACUUUUCCUCUUUUUUUAACUUUUACCUGAUAAUUUUAUUUUUAAAGAAGGGGUGUUCCCAGGGGCGUGAGUGACACACCCAUGGAUUUUUCACUUUCAAGUCUCUAUGACAGAUACACAGGAAGCAUGGGGCAUUUCUGCUGUCCACGUUAGAGGCUGCCUGCCUGGAGCCCAGGGCUGUUAACCGCACUAGCACAGGCUGUAAACACACAUGCGAAGUGAUGUUCACACUCAUGGGGGGCACAAGCGUGCUCCCCUUCUAGCUUGGGCCCUGCUGUGAUGUGCUUCUGAUUGGAACCUAGAGAAAGGUUUGGGCACAUUCCAUUAAAACAAUUCCUUCUUCGUUAAUACUGUGCUUUGCAGGAAAUGCAAGAUGGAUCCCAACGGUUUACUGUUUCCUUGCCUUUUAGCAGGGCACUUCUCUCUCUAAGUGCUCCAAAGGGCGCACACCACCACUGGGCAAUUUGACUUCCACCCUGUGAACAUGACACGUGGUGCUGCACUUACCCUCACCUACAACUACAUAGGAGCAGGGAGCUAGGCUUGGGGGCGCAUGCCUUUAGUGCCAGCACUCGGGAGGCAGAGGCAGGCGGAUCUCUGUGAGUUCGAGUCCAGCCUGGUCUACAGAGUGAGUUCCAAGACAGCCAAUGCUGUUACACAGAGAAACCCUGUCUCAAAACAACCCACCACCACCACCACCACCCCAAAAAAGAACAGGGGACAGCUAUGUCUAAUAUUGAACAGAUUUUAAAAAUCUGGUGGGUUUAAGAAUAUCUGAUUUAAUGUGUCACUCAGUGUUAGUGCUUCUUUGCAUAAUCCCGCCUUGAUUUCUUAACUACUGGAAGAUUAGCUUGUGAAACUUCCAGUUAACGGUGGAAACCGUUCUCCGGCUACACACUUGUCAGCAUGGGAGCAGAGGGAAGUGAAGCAGGGUGGUAGGGGCGGUCGCAUUCACACCGAUGAAAUGGGAUGGAGAACAUCCUCGGGUUUAUCCUUAUAAGCUAGUUGGCCUCGAGUAUUCAGAAUUAAACUUUCACUUGCUUGGGGGAAAAAAGCACAAUACAGAUUUGUUCAGAAGGGCCAUUGCCCUCUGGUGCUAAAAUUCUGUGUAUGUGUCCAGAAUGUCUGUUUUUCUGUGCUACUAGGAAGGUAAAGGAAAGGGCUCUGGAUUCAAAGGCAAGAGAGUAAGAUUCUCAAAUCUGGCUAUCUUCACUAGAGUGGGAAAGAAAGAAAGAAAAUAAGUGAGGGAGAUGUCCAAGUUUCAAGAUGUGAAAGAAGACCAAAAUUCAUUUCAAUGUAGGAAAGCAAAUUGGAGACUCAAUUUAACAUGCCAUUUGGGAUAUAAAAUGUAGACAGUUACGAUGCUGCCUUUGAAACAGUAAUUUUAUGUUUGAGAUGGUCUCAUCUCACUGUGUAGCCCAGAUGGACUUCCCAUUUCAAUCCUCCUGCUUCAGCUUCCAGAGUGCUGGGAUUGCAAGUGUGUGCCCCCAUGCCUACCCAGCCAAAGUGGUGAAUUAUUGCAGCACCUUUUCUUUGCCAAUUAAGAUGCAGAUCUUGCCAGGCGGUGGUGGCGGCACAUGCCUUUAAUCCCAGCACUUAGGAGGUAGAGGCAGGUGGAUCUCUGUGAGUUCAAGGCCAGCCAGGUCUAUAAAGCAAGUUCCAAGACAGGCUACAAAACUGCACAGAGAAAGAAACCCUGUCUCAAAAAAACAAACAAACAAACAAACAAAAAAGAUGCAGAUCUCACCUAUUACCUGUGUUUUUGUGAGCCCAUGCUUUUGGCUUUCCUGUAAUAUAGCACUUCUGGAAAAUGCCAGUAAUAUAUAAUACACAUACAACAUGUUACAUGUUUUUCCUGAAGCUUACCAAUGGAAAUGGAGUUCUUUCAAACUUCAUUUUUUGAGCUUCUCCACUAGAUCCGAAAAAGGAAGCAUCCUUCCCCCAGUCCCUCCUGGGCUAAUUGUGGCUGUUCUUUGAGUUACUGGCAGCUCAUGAAGCAGGCUUUACUGAGACAGAAGGCUGGCUGAGAGUCAGCUCAUGAAAUCUCUGGGCAGGUUUGUGGCCGUGGAGUCUUUCUUCGCUGUGUGUCCAGUGCCUCCUAGUGGCAGUAUGUCAUGUCUGGAAUACAAAUGCUACUUUAAAAAUAUGUUUCCAAUGUUUCUGCAAAGUUUCUCGGGUUUUUUUGCCUUUUCGUUGUUCAAUAUUUUUUUUUUGCCAAAAUUUCAAAAUUCUCAUGGAAAAGAAGGUAUUUUAAAAACAUUGUAAAUCCUUCUCAAAGGGAAAGCACUCAGAAUCUGAUCAAAGAGAAUUUGCAGGUUGUUUUACCUCUUGUAUCACAAUCAUUAAUGUCUAGUCUAUAACUACCGGACUGUGUUUACUUCAGAACCCGAAGUCAGCUGUCUUUUUUUAUUUAUGUAUGGAACUCACUUCAUUUUUAAUUAAAAGUUCAUAUCUUGUUCCAUAAAUAUUUUAAACUUUUUGAUAUUGUUUUGGUUUUGUACUAUAAAACCGAUUAAAAAUUUAAGCUGGUCUUAACACAUUCACCACUGUAGUGUAAGGUAUGAGAAGGAAUCUUUUAAUAAAUGAGUUUACACGUCUUAAUCAAGUAUAAGUUAUAUGUAUUGUGUUGGAGCCUUUUCUAUGUUUAUGUGUGAGGAUUUCUGAUAUUGUUUUUAAUGCCAUUGUUGCAAUAAUUUAGCCCCUUUGACUCAUAUGACAAAAUACAUUUUAUGAAGAAGUGCUCUUGAAUUCGAUAUCCAUGUACUGAAAAUCAUGUCAGAGGUACCCAAAGAUAAGUUUUUAUACAGAUAGACGCCUCAUAAGUGCUGGUUUAUUACUCAUUAAUAUUACUGUACUGUGUUCUUAGGGGAUCAUGAAUGGCAAGGGUGGGUCCCUGUAGAAUUAUUUUAAACUAGCCUUUAAAAGAAAGAAGAGAAACUGUAAGCUAAUCUAGUUGCCAAGUGUAAUUCAUUUUUAAUUUACCUCCCGUGCACUUCAUGCUGCGAACUGUAUGGUUAGUAAGUUACAGUGUAUCCGCACACGGAAUCUCUUCCGAGCUCGAGAGGCAGAACCGUAUGGUUAGUAAGUUACAGUGUAUCUGCACACGGAAUCUCUUCCGAGCUCGAGAGGCAGCCUGUUGCAUUCUUUUGGAAAUUUACUAUCCUGUUUCCAUGUGUUAAGUGCCUUGUUGUGAAGUAAGAUUUAAGUCUAGAAUUCAUUAUUUUCCUGACCUCUAUUUUUCAUUAUGAUUAUCUACUGUGUGCUGUUGUGAUCAUUUUAUUAAAUGCUUACAUUUUAAUCAAA